UAGAGAAACAACUUCCAUUCCAUUUUCACGUUAUUUUUGACCAUUUUUCAUGUCGUUAUAUUGAUUACCAUCACAUUCAAUUCACCGUUUCUAGAGAUUUGUAUUUUAUGUAGUCGUCAUAUUGCAGUUGUCAUGUUCCAGUCGUCUAUUGGCAUAGCAGUCAAUAUUUAGGUUGUUGUCAUGAACAACGUGUUUCUUUGUGAAAUCUGUUUUAAAAUCAAGUAAAACCGCGCGCUAUUCUCCAGUCCAUAGUUUAACAGCUGUUCUAUUUUUCAACAGGUACUUGUCUUUUUUUACAUUUGACGCUAAACUUAACCCCUUUCGAUAAUUAUCUCUUUCUCUUAAUACAUAUUUGACGUGUCAGCAAUAAUGACAUCGUUUAUUCGAUUUUCGUUCUUAAAGCAUUAAUAUGCAAUCUGCAAAGGAAGCUGCAAAAGGAAAUAAUGAAUACAAUGUUAAAUAUUAAAACAUUUUCAUUCAAUCAAUUAUACUUAUUUUUGAAUAAUAUCAAAUAUAUUCUUCUGAAAUUACUAAUAUUAUAACAAUUUUGGCAUUGUAUUGUAAUAAUAAUGGCAUUUUGUAUGAUAUAUACAGUACUAAAUAGUUUUAUUAUAAUUACAAUGGCACAAUCACUUACAACUCCUCCAAAUAGUGAAGAUAACAUAAGCAAACAUUUGUCUGCAUCUUGUAAUGAUUUCACAAAAAAUUUGUAUAAGGAAUUAUCUUCUGAUUAUAGAGGAAAUGUAGUUAAUUCGCCAUUAAGUAUACAUAUGAUAUUAUCUUAUCUUUCUCAUGGUGCAGAAUCUACAACUUUAAAUGAAUUGACUAAAAGUCUUUAUCACUAUGACAAAGAUUCAAUACAAGAAGGAUAUAGAUCAUUAAUAACCCAAUUAAAUGAAUUGGAAGAUAUUAAAUUGUACAUCGCAAAUUCAAUAUACAUUCAAGAUGAAUUUGAAUUAUUGAUGGAAUUUUUGACAAUAGGAAGAGAGUUUUAUCAAUCUGAAAUCUCAAAAAUAGAUUUUAAAAAUAUUGAUGCAGCUGAAAAAAUCAACAGUUGGGUUAAACAGAAAACGAAUAAUAAAAUAUCCAAUCUUGUAUCUUCAGAUGAUUUUGAUGAGAAUAUAAAAUUAGUAUUAAUAAAUGCAAUUUAUUUUAAUGGUAGUUGGUUAAAUACAUUUAAUGCAAAGAAUACAAAAGAUAAAAUAUUUCAUGUAACAAGAGAUCAAACAAAACUUGUACCAACAAUGUUCAAUAAGUCUCAAUAUAAUUAUGGUAAUAUACCAAUACUGCAAGCAAAAUUUAUUGAAAUUCCAUAUACCAAUACAGAUAUAGUAAUGAUAAUAAUAUUACCAAAUGAAAUAGAUGGCCUUCUAAAUUUGCAAACUAAUUUUUCAUGGGAAAUACUUACAAAUGCAUCACGUUUGCAUGGUGAAAUUGAGUUGUAUCUUCCAAAAUUUAAAAUCGAAUUUACAGUAGACUUAAAAAAUAUACUCAGUAAGCUUGGUGUUAGCAAAAUGUUCAGCCACGAUGCAAAUUUCAAGCGUAUUUCCAGUGUACCAUUAAUGGUUAAUAAAAUAUUGCAUAAAGCAGUUAUAGAAAUUAAUGAAGAAGGUACUGAAGCUGCAGCUGCAACAGCCGUUCAUUUAAGACUUCGACGAAGUAUGGCGAAUGAACUAGAACAAUUUCUAGUUGAUCGGCCUUUCAUGUUUGUAAUUGAAUAUAAACCGAAGAACGUACCACUUUUUAUCGGCAGUGUACAGGAUAUAGGAGUUGCUUCUCAAAAAGAUGAAUUAUAAGUUUUUUUUCUGUCAAAAAGUAAUUAUUGGUCUAAAACACAUAAAUAAUUUCUGUUUCUAACAUUUAUAUAUAUUUAUAAAAUAU